AGUAAAGCAAAUUAAAGCAUGCAUGUCCAAAAACAACCAUGAGAUUGGAUAUCUAUAACUAGAGGGAGAUAGAACAGUAUUCGAAUACUAUUCUCAUCAUGUCAAGCAAUGGAAUCGGUAUUAUUCUCUUGUUUCUCAACUUUGUUUCAUCCAUUUCUGGGUUGAACCAUGAAGGUCUCUCUUUGCUUUCAUGGCUUUCUACUUUCAAUUCUUCUUCUGCUGCUGCUUUCUUCGCUUCAUGGAAUCCAUCCCACUCAAAUCCAUGCACAUGGGAUUACAUUAAAUGUAAUCAUGGAGGCUUCGUUACUGAAAUCACAAUCUCCAACAUCAAUCUUCAUACAACCUUUCCCACUCAGAUCGUCUCUUUUCAGCAUCUUACUGCUCUUGUUCUUUCACGUGGGAACCUCAGUGGGGAAAUUCCACCUUCAAUAGGGAACCUCUCAUCAUUGGUCACCUUGAACCUUAGUUUUAAUGCUAUCUCUGGAAAUAUUCCUGCUCAGAUUGGGAUGUUGUCUGAUUUGCAGUCAUUGUCUCUGAAUACAAAUUCCUUACACGGAGGGAUUCCGAGGGAAAUUGGAAACUGUUCAAAGCUUCAGCUGCUUGAACUGUUUGAUAAUCAUCUUUCUGGGAAGAUUCCAACAGAGAUAGGGCAGUUGGUGGCACUGGAGAUUUUCCGAGCUGGGGGGAACUCAGGUAUUGAAGGUGAAAUCCCGACGCAGAUAUCGAAUUGCAAACGACUAGCUUUUCUUGGGCUUGCAGACACUGGUAUUUCAGGGCAAAUUCCAACAAGUUUAGGGGAGCUGAAGAAUCUCAAAACUCUUUCAAUCUAUACAAGCAAACUUAAUGGUCACAUCCCACCAGAAAUAGGUAAUUCAUCAGCCUUGGAGGAUUUGUUCCUUUAUGGAAACCAACUUUCUGGUGAGAUUCCUGAAGAAGUGGGUUCAUUGAAGAAUCUGAAGAGGGUGUUACUGUGGCAAAACCAGCUGAGUGGGAGAAUUCCAAACUCACUUGGGAACUGUUCAAGUUUGGUUAUGAUUGAUAUCUCAUUGAAUUAUCUAAGUGGGGAGGUUCCUUCAUCUCUUGCCAAUUUAGUUGCAUUGGAGGAGCUUCUUUUGUCUGGUAACAACCUUUCUGGUGAGAUACCACCUUUUAUUGGCAACUUUUCAAGCCUAAAGCAACUGGAGUUAGAUAACAACAGAUUCUCUGGUGAGAUUCCAGCCACCAUUGGACAACUGAAGGAGCUUUCACAGUUCUUUGCCUGGCAAAAUCAGCUUCGUGGAAGCAUACCAACUGAGCUAGCCAACUGUGAGAAACUUCAACAUUUGGAUAUAUCACACAAUUUCAUUACUGGUUCAGUUCCAAGUUCUCUGUUCAAUUUGAAGAACUUGACCCAAUUGUUGUUGUUAUCAAACAGACUUUCUGGUGAAAUCCCACAAACUCUGGGAAAUUGCACUAGCUUGACCCGUUUAAGGAUGGGAUCAAAUAACUUUAGUGGUCACAUUCCAUCAGCAAUCGGGCAUUUGCAUAGUUUGAGCUAUCUUGAAUUAUCAGAAAAUCAGUUCACUGGAGAAAUUCCUCCUGAUAUUGGCAACUGCACUCAUUUAGAAAUGGUAGAUUUGCGUGCAAAUAAGCUCCAAGGUACAAUUCCAGCGUCUUUUGAAUUCCUUGCUGAUCUUAACAUUCUGGACCUUUCAAUGAACAGCAUAACAGGCACCAUCCCUCACAACUUAGGCAAGCUGACAUCGUUAAACAAGAUGGUAAUCAGUGGAAACUCAAUAACAGGUUUCAUCCCUAAGUCACUGGGAAACUGUAAGGAUUUACAAUUGUUGGAUAUAAGCAGAAACAAGAUUGCUGGUUCGAUCCCGGAAGAGAUCGGUCUUCUGCAAGGACUCGAUAUACUCUUGAACUUGAGUUGGAAUGCUUUAACUGGACCUAUGCCAGAAAGCUUUUCAAAUCUCUCAAAACUGGCCAACUUAGACCUUUCUCACAACAUGCUAACUGGGAGCCUUAUGGUCUUAGGAGGCCUUGACAAUCUUGUUUCAUUGGAUGUCUCAUUCAAUAACUUUUCAGGUGUCCUUCCUGAUACUAAGUUCUUCCACAAUCUCCCCAGCACUGCAUUUUCUGGCAAUCAAGAGCUCUGCAUUAACCAAACCGAGUGCGGAUCGAGUGGAAGUCCCCAUUCGAAAAGAUCAACCCGAAAUCUUAUCAUGCGCACUCUUUUCAGUGUAACUGUAACCAUUUUAGUAGUCAUUGUUGCCGUGUAUUUAUUUAUCAGAGUUCAUGGAGCCAAACAUGAAGAUGAUUUCUUGGACUGGCAUUUUACCCCCUUCCAAAAGCUAAACUUCUCUGUGAAUGACAUAUUGACGAGUCUGUCUGAUUCAAACAUCAUUGGAAAGGGUUGUUCUGGUGUGGUUUAUCGUGUUGAGACAACCACAAAGCAGGUGGUUGCAGUGAAGAAACUAUGGCCAAUCAAGAACGGUGAGUUUCCGGAGAGGGAUUUGUUUUCUGCAGAAGUUCAGACCCUUGGAUCCAUAAGGCAUAAAAAUAUAGUGAGGCUACUGGGAUGUUGUGACAAUGGAAAAACCAGACUACUCUUGUUUGAUUACAUCAGUAAUGGGAGCUUAGCUGGAUUGCUACAUGAGAAGAACAUGUUCUUGGACUGGGAUGCAAGAUAUAAGAUCAUACUUGGAGCAGCUCAAGGUUUAGCUUAUCUUCACCAUGAUUGUAUUCCACCGAUAGUUCAUCGUGAUAUCAAAUCCAACAACAUCUUAGUUGGUCCACAGUUUGAAGCUUUCUUGGCAGACUUUGGUCUGGCAAAGCUGAUUGAUGUUUCAGAGAGUCCAAGAGCCUCCAACAUUAUUGCAGGUUCUUAUGGAUAUAUUGCUCCAGAGUAUGGAUACAACAUGAGGAUCACAGAGAAAAGUGAUGUAUACAGCUUUGGUGUAGUUCUCCUUGAAGUUUUAACAGGCAUGGAACCAACAGACAACAGUAUUCCAGACGGCGUCCACAUUAUCACUUGGAUCAACACUGAAGUUCGUGAAAAGAGGAAAGAUUACACAACAAUUCUUGACCAGAUGCUCCUCAUAAGAUCAAGCACACAAAUCCAAGAGAUGCUUCAAGUGCUGGGGGUGGCUUUCUUAUGUGUCAAUCCGUGUCCCGAAGAACGACCCACCAUGAAAGAUGUAACAGCAAUGUUGAAAGAGAUCAGGAACGAGAAUGAUGAUUCUGAGAAACCAAAUCUUCUUUGUAAAAGAAUAACAAACAACCCCGAAGCUACAGUUCAAUGUUCUAGUUUCUCUAGAUCAUCUGAACCUCUCAUUAGUUCACCUUCAUAAUUUAUGUGCUUUAGUUUCGUUGGUAUUUGCUUCUUAACAGCCAUUUGUAUAGCUCUGAAUCCUGAUAAUUUGUAGCAAAAGUAAGCCUCAAGCUGCUACUUCAUUAAUCUGAUAUGAACUCCUUAGCAUUGCCUUUUUUA